AUGGAUCCAGUUAAAUGUUAUUAUUUUAUCUCAAGAUUUUUGGAUAGUGAUAUUCCAACAGUAACUACAAAUUUUAAAGAGUUUUUAGUUAAGGAUGGUGUUAUUCAAAUGUUAGUCAAGUUUAUCACACAAAACUAUCCAAAAGAAGUUGUAGAAGAGCUCAAAAAUAAUCCACCACCACAAAAUACACCAGCACUUUUAGCAUUACAACAAAAGGGUCCAGAUUUGACCGAGGAAGAAUUAUCAGCAUUAUCCAUUGAAGAAAGAAGUAACUUUAAAAAUAAAAAAAAUGUUUCAGUUGAACUAAUCAAAUCAUACAAGGUUAUGAAUUUGUUCCUUCACCCAUCACCACCAUUUAUAUCAUUAGCAAAAGAUAAAUUACCAGUUAUUGUUUCAACAUUAUUUGAAUUUUUCGAGAGCGAAAAUAAUGGUAUUAUAAAUUAUGAUGAAAACUCAUUACCUAAUAUUCACCAUUUUUCAAAAGUUUUAUCAUCACUAUUUUAUCAAUUUACAUUCGACUUUUUAAAUCAACUCUCAGAAAUUCAGCCAUCAAGCCAAAAGAUGUAUUUCCAAAUUUUAGUUGAACAUAUUUAUUUAACACCAAUCCAAGAAUUAUUUUUAGUUAUCGCAAAAAGAGCAAGUGCCAGCGUUAAUGAAUACCAAACAUCAAAUCCAAUAGAGACUAAAAAAAUUCAAAAGACAUUACAAAAAUCUAAAGUUUUUAGCUUAAUCUCGUCAUUUUUUGUUCAACCAGGUAAAUAUAUACUCAUAAUAAACUUAAAAACAGAAAAAGUUAAUUUAAUUUUAGAGGGAAUAGUUGAAUUCGUUAUUAAAUCAAUUGAAGCAUUGGAUAUUCAUGGACCAGAUGCAGGAUUCACAAUCUCAAGUUUUCAAAAUAAAGAAUUUGUAGACUCGUUAAUAAAGAUAAUGUUAAAUGAACCAAAGAAAAAAGAUUCAUUUCAACUUCGUAAACAAUGUCUUUCAAUCAUCAAUUCAUUAUGUAAACAAAGUAUAGAGUAUAGCCAAAAGAAUCAAUAUCAACAAGAAAAAGAAUCAAUUUUUUCACCAAGUGGUUCACCAUCUUCAUGGGUUUUCUAUUUAACAACUAACCAUCUUCCAAAUGUUUGCAAAAUUCUCAUUGAUAUCGGAAAUGAUCCAAACCAAAAAAAAACUUUAGGCUCUUAUCGUAUGGAUAUGUUUAAUAUUUUAAUGGAGUUAAUUAAAGCAAAAGCGACUUUUAAAAGAAAGACUCCAAAUCAGCCUUACUUACCGGUCGAGCUUUGGUACUUUUUAGUUGAAUGGUUUUUCCAAUUCAACAAUAUAUAUCAUGCUAAAUUUUUUUAUUUAGUCAAAGAAUUGUUUUCACAAGGUCAUUUACCAUCAAUUAAACAUUUUUGCACAAAUCAUUUAAAUAGAUUCAUUACAUUUUACUUGGAUAAUGAACAAUCAGAAUGUAAAGGUGUAAUUUUAAUUCUUUUAAACUAUAUUAGAAUUUCAGCUUCCCAAUUCCCUGCCAACCACUUUUUACCAACCUAUUUGAAAUCAAAUGAUCAAUGGAAUUCACUAUAUAACACCUUAAUAACAAAUACAAUCAAACAAUAUGUCUUACCUUGGGGUUCUGAUGACAAUCAAUUUAACUCUCCUUCAAAUAUUGAUAAAAUUGACUUUGGUUCGGAUUUCGCCGACUCAAUUGGCUUUGGUGAUGAAACUAUCACAGCUUCAACACAAAAUAAAAAACUAUUAAUUGAUACCGAGUUUACAGGUUCUUCAAAUAAUAAUCAAAACAAUAGCAACAACAACAACAACAACAAUUUAGAUUCAAUUCCAAUGGUAUCUGACGAAGAAAGAGCUAAACUUGAAGAAGAAUUACUUAAAGAUGAAGCAAAUAAAAAGAAAAAGAAAAAUAACAAUCAAAAAAAGAAAAAAUAAAAUAAAUAAAUUAUAAAUAAAAAAUAAUUAUUUUAUCC